GUGAUCUGUAACGAACUUACUCGCGUAAGUAUUAAAGACGGAAAGGGAUCUGAUUACAUACAUGCCAACUAUGUAAAAGGAGAUUAUCUCCAGAACACAUUCAUCUGUACACAAGGACCAAUGCCGACAACAGUCUAUGACUUUUGGCGUAUGAUUCUCAGCGAGAACGUAACGCAUAUCGUAAUGCUGUGCGAGACGAUAGAAAAUGGUAAAGCGAAAUGCGAACAGUACUGGCCUAUCGCUAAGGAUGAAAAGAUGACUAUUGAAGGUAACGCGGAAACGAUGUAUGGAGCCGAUAUAUCUAUUUAUAUGACCUUAUGA